AAGUUUUUGUGUUAGUACUUUAUUCUCUCAGUAAAACUCGUGGUCAAAAUUCACAACUCACAAUAUAUGCUUAUUGAUUAUUUUUCCGUAAUCCUUAAUUGCAACUAACUGCAAUUUAUUCAUUAAAUACACUUUUAAUUCAAUCAAAUCAUAACAGGUCUUUUACAAUGUUAACGCCAAAUUUUGAAUUGAAACAAACCGAUGAUUAUUUAAUCAUAAAAAUCAAAGCUAGAUUUGCUAAUCUCAACGAUACAGAAAUUGAUGUUAAUGGUAAUCAAGUCACAUUUUAUUCUUCCCCAUAUUAUUUACGUCUUCAUCUACCUGGCGAAGUGGCUGAAACUGAUUCUUCAUCUGGGUUUUAUGAUUGGGAUUUAUCUAUUUUUACUAUUACAUUAAAUAAAGUAAAUCCAGGAGAGCACUUCCCAGAUUUGAAUCUUAUAAAUAAAUUUCUUACACCAAAAAAAACUCCUCGAACAAUCAAGCCAUCUAUUGAAGUUCUUAAUGAAAAUAAACAUGAUGAAAAUAAUGGUGAUGGUGAUGAUGAUGAUGAUGAUGAUGUUGAUGGUGAUGACAAUAUAGAUUGUAACUUUUUACAAAAACCUAUAUUAGUUAAAAAUGAUGUUUGUUUAAAAUAUGGAUUUGGCAAUCAAACUCAAGAUGGAUUUAACCAUUUUAAUCGUGAAUUUUUUGAAAUUAUUGAGAUAAGUAAUCUUGACAAUAUGAACUAUGAACAAAGAAAAUCGUCACAAGCUGGAACAGAAUUUUUAGAUUUUUGUGAUGAUCAUUACUUGGCAGAUUUGAUGACAGAACCAGAUGGACUCAAAGAUGUAUUAAACUUUAAACCAUUUUGGUAUAACACAACAUGUACCUUAAAUGAUUCUCAAAAAAAUAUUUUAAAAUCAUUGGGUAAUAAAGAAUACUUGUUGAGCAAAGAUGAUAAAAAAUCAGCUUUACUCUCAUUGGUAGAUAUCAUAUAUGCAUAUUGUUUUUGUAUUCGAACAAAUUUGGGUGAAGAAAAUUCUGAAUCUCCUUGGUUAAUUAACAAACUAUCGUCUACACUUUCUUGGUUUCGUAUUUUUGAAACGUUUGAUGAAGCCGUUAAAGCGUGCAUCAGACGAAGUGUGUGUUAUCCUUUAUACAGACGAUGGGAUUUAAGCGUUUUAGUACUCUCUGAUGUACGUAAAGUAUUUGAAAACGGAUGUGUUUGUUUACUCACGUGUUUGUUGGAUAUUCAUGAGUUAUUUAACUCUAGCGAACCCAGAUAUGUAUUGAACCAACUGUAUAUUAAAGACUAUUGUAUUUGGAUUCAACAAUUGAAGAGUAAACAUUUUGAGACCAUCGUCAAACUCUUUGAUAAAACUAAAAUCGUCAAAAAGCAAGUGGGAUUUGAUUUAGAAGUAUUAGAAGUGGCCGCAAAGAGCGUUAAUGAAGACGUGGCCAUUUUAGAACGUGCGCAAACCAGUAAUAGUAUUGUAUCUAAAUUGCAAAAAUUACAAAUUUCAAACUCUGAGAAUAGUUUAGAUUCUGAUGACGACGAAGAAGAAUCUCCGGAAUAAUACUUUACUUUUAUCAUUUUGAGCUACGUAUUAAUGUUAAUUUCUAUUAAUAAUAUAAUUUAUUUUAUAUUUGCAAAAUAUAUAAAUUUCAAGCUUGGUGAAUAGUUUAGAUUCUGAUGACAAAAAAUUUUCAGAAUAAUAUUUUAUUUUAUUUUUUUUUUUGUGCCGAGUAUUAAUAUUAAUGUUUAAAUAUUAGUUACGUAAUUAAUAAUUUCAUUUAUUUUAUAUUUGCAAAAAUUAUACAUUUCAAGCUCGGCGAAUAGUUUAGAUUCUGUUGAAAAAAAAGAAUCUUCAGAAUAACUUUUUUUUUAUC